AUGGUCACGGAUUCCGUUUCAGAGAGUGAGACCUCGCGGAAGCGAUGGAAUAAUCGAGCAAGCCACCUAGGCCGCCCAUUCGUACCGUGCCGCAAUCCUUCGCUUCGCGACUGCCUGGACUUUCUGCAGGCGCUCAUCACGCUAUUUUUUCCCAUUGCAAAUAUUUCAGCAAUCCGCGCAAAAUCGGCCUGGCCACCUAAGCCGCCUCACGACACAUUUGUCAACGUCACCAUAUUCAGCCAACCCAGGAUCACCAAGUUCGUCGACAGCCUGCGCAAAGUGCCCGAGGGUGAAAGCAUAGAGCAGUUAGAGCUUAACGAUUACCUCCAGCCUUGGGGAUUUACCAUCUAUCGGACGCAUUAUGGACCCGGAUCUAAUGAGCAAUGGGAUAAGCUGCUACAGAACAUCACCACUGGUGUUAAGCAUCGACUCAAAGCGGCUGGAGAAUCAAAUGAAGACCCUGCCAUGAUUACCAAAGCGGAGGAACUCUUCAAACUGGAUGCUCGUUCAGAUCCCGCGGUCCUGGACGGCUUGACACUGGAAGAAGUACGGCAGCUUUACCACGAUGGAACGGGAGGCCAGCCAUUGAACAAAGACAAUGGUCCAUGGCGAGUCUCUAUCCUAGUCGACGCAGACGUGUUGGCGAGCCCUGACCUUGGCAUGAUCAAAUGUGUAGCGGCGGAUUACGACGCGGCUGCUGCUGUGCCAAAGAAUACGACAUUCGGCCCCCAGCAUUACUUUGGGUGGUUAACCAUGUCUUCCGAACAUGUGUUGACUUUGUGGUUUGAAUUGGAAAUGUAUUUCUUCGAGGAAAUCGGCAAUGGUACAGCUGGUGGCCCAGGCGCCUGGUGGGACCCAGACAAAUGGUGA